AUGGCUUCUUCUUUAUCAUUCAAACCCAUUGUAGUUCAGUUAGUAUGGGAUGAUCAAGUAUCAUUCAUAAAUGAAAUCCUUCAAAAUACAGAUCCAUUGAAAAGAAGAAGUUUUCCCAUUUUCCACAUGAUGACUUAUUCACAAAUCUGUGAUAUAACUUACAGUUGUUUUGGUAUUUCAAAACAACAGUUCAAACUGCAAUUAUAUUUGUGGUAUGAAUUUAAGGGUGUUCCUUUUAGGAACUUAAUUACGGAUGAUAAUACUUUAGCAAUGAUUUAUCAUCUCGGUGAAGCGCAAUUUGAAGUGAAGUUCGAGCCUAGUUUUACAAACCAGUUGUUAAGCUUGACUCAAAGCCAGUGUUUUUUUCAAGGGAGUAACCAGCCAGAAGAUAACGAAGAUGAUGAAGAUAACGAAGAUGAUGCAGACAAUGAUGAUGAUGAAGACAAUGACGAUGAAGACGAUGAACUUGUUCAAGAUCAUGAAAUUGACCCAAUGGUUGGUGGAUCAAGCGACGAGGCACCUUAUACAAGUGAUGAUACCAUCGACGCAUAUAGCGUUGAUGGGGAUGUAUCUGGAGAUGAUGAAGAAGAAGGGGCUCAUGCACAAGGUCCUUUGGAGCAUGAAGAACUUGUUAAUCUUCAAGAUGAUAAUGAAGAUCGUCUAAUGCCAUUCAAUGAAGUUCAAGAAGAUGUGGUAUUUUGGUCGCCAGAUAGAAAUGUGAUAGAAAAAGGAAUGUUUUUUCAGAGCAAGGCGGAGCUUAUACACUCUGUUAGGCUUUGGAACAUAAGAGAAAACAGAGAACUUAUUGUUAUGGAUACAAGGCCAGCGUUUUGGAAAGCACAGUGCAUGACCAGGGGGAAGAAUUAUCGUGGUGUUUUGGACCGGGUCCCCUGUAGGUGGGUUGUAGCUGGAUCUAACAGAAACAGAUUAGGAUUGUUUCAGAUCACAAAGUGGGUGGAGAGUCACAAUUGUUAUGGAGAAGUGAUAUCUAAUAACAAUCGUUGUAUGACAGCAAGUAUGAUUGCUUCUGAAAUUUUGUCACAAGUGCGGGAGGAUUUAACUUUAAAAGUUAGACAGAUCCAGGCCCAAGUAAAAACAACGUUCAAUGUUGAUGUGAGCUACGCCAAGGCGUGGAAUGCAAGAAGGUUAGAAAUUGAAAGGUUGUAUGGAACUUGGCCGAGUAACUUUGAUGCACUGCCCAAGUAUGUUGCUGAAUUACAACGUGCUAACCCAUACACUGUUGUGGAAUGGCUCCAUUCUCCAACCAGUUCAAGCCAUAUACAUACAUUCAAGUAUGUAUUUUGGGCAUUUGGACUGGCAAUUAGGGCAUUCCAACGUUGUAUUCCGGUGAUCUUUGUCGAUGGCGCUCAUUUGAAAGGCAGCUACAAAGGUAAGUUGCUAACUGUAGUGACAAAGAACGCCAAUGGACAACUAUUGCCGGUCGCUUAUGGCUUGGUUGAUGAAGAGUCUAAUGAAAGUUGGGGAUGGUUUCUAAAUCUCUUUGAAGAGCAUGUCGGGUCGCAGAGGCAAGGUGAUUUGUGUAUCAUUUCAGAUCGUCACCAAGGCAUUCUUAAUGCAGUGAGCCAAAUUGAUGGGUGGCAUCAUCGGUAUUGUUUGAGGCACGUUUGUAGCAACGUGAACUCGCACUUCAAGAACAGGAGAAUCAAAAAUCUGGCUUGGGUUAUCGGUUCCACCUCCCAAUCAUCCAAGUAUACUUGGGCGAUAAACACAAUCAAAGGUGAAGAUGACGCUGUUUGGCCGUAUUUGAGGAACAUUGGUUUGGAGAAGUGGACUCUAAGGCACGACUCGGCGCUUCGUCGUUGGGGUAACUUAACGACAAACAUUGCCGAGUGCCAAAACAAUAUCCUUGGUAAGGCUCGAAUGCUACUUAUUAGAGCUUUAAUUGAGAGCACUUUUACUUGGACAAGAGACCAUUUUGUCAGCCAAUACCGGAAGGCAAGUAGUUGGAACCCACCACUAGCUCGCAAAAUGUGGCAGGUUUAUCAGAUGCGUGAACGAGCGUCAAUAAGCCAUAGAGUGGAAGUGUUUGAUGAACGAACAGGUAAUUACACGGUCAAAACAAACCAAAGAAAUGCACAAGGCGAGUACACAUACAAUGUUUUCAUGGGGGAGAAUAGGAAAAAAUACUCUUGUGGAGCUUGGCAACAUCAAAGGUUUCCAUCCUCUCAUGCCAUUGCUGUUUGCGGAUAUAGACAAGAGAGAGCUGCUAAUCUUCCAAGUAAAAGGUACACAACUAGGACAUGGAUAAAUCAGUAUAAUGCUGCACUUUCUCCCCUUCGAGAGGUGAAUUACUGGGCGCCGGUAGAUUGGCAGAUUCAGGGAGACCUUGAAAAACUGGUCACGCAAAGGGGUAGGAGACGCACCAGACGGUACCGGAACGAGAUGGAUGAGAGUUCUACGAGCAGAUCUUCAACCUCAAGACAACAAGCUAGAUGUGGUAUUUGCGGUCAAUUGGGCCAUAACAGGAAGACAUGCCCUGAAAUUUGA